UGCCUAUAAUUGGCAUUCCUCCACGAGUGGAACUACAGUCGCAAAUUCGACCAAAACCACCACAAAACAAAUUACCUCCCCAUCCAUCCCUCUCGCUCAGGUCGACUCGUCAGUCUAUUGCGAACGUCACUCAUGUUGCGUGGGGCGGGAGAAGCGAACUUGGAGUUGAAUUGACGUCCGACAGAGGGAGAGAGAUAGGAGAGACACAGAGAGAGGCAGAAGAUACAUGAGCCUGUCUUUGACAACCUGUUCAGUGAGACGUGCGCAUCUCAGCUGUGCCGCUUUUGGCCAAGGAGUCCAUCACAUCGUUCUCAGUCUGCGCACAUACUUCCACUGGCAAACAGUAGGCUACUUGGAGACGCGAGGGGAGGAGCGGUGUAGUGUAUGGAGAGUGGGACUUUAUUUUGAUAGCCUAUAAUUUCCAAUAACCUACGCGGGACUGAAAUCUAUCUCCACUGAACUGUUUAAAGAAAUAAGAGCCGUAAGAAAUACGACAGAUUCAACGCCGAAAGGGAGAGAAUCAGAGUGAUUUCCGACUGCUGGGUUUAUGAGGAAUCCGCUUUGUGGAUACAAGGAGCGGCUCCCCUAAACAUUCAAAACGAAGGGUUCCGUGCGUUAAAAGUUACCCGGUGAAUUCUUAUCACAUUUCUACUCUCUUUUGAGAAUUGGUAUAAAUCGACAUUGGAACUAAGAAAUUCUACGAAACCGGAAUACUUAAGUGGGGAUACCUAAAUUUACAACGCAUUUAUGGUAAGACAUCUAAAGCGGUCUUGAAACUGAAUUAUCGCUGAGCCGCGUGAGGGUACGGAAUAUCGCGUCGUAGACUUAGUUUCAAGACAGCCCACCCGCUGCGCUGACUACACCUCUGAGUAAGACUAUUUCCAGGUUAUGAGGGAUCGAAGCUAAAGAUGGAGCUUUUCUGGAUUUUGUUAUUUUCUAUCAUCCACCCAUACACACGAGGGCAAGGUGUUUACGCCCCUGCCAAUGCCCAGAUCUCGCACGCGGGCCAGGCAUGCGUGGUGAAGGAGGACAACAUCAGUGAGAGGAUCUACACUAUCAGAGAGGGAGACCGCCUGGAGCUCCAAUGUCUGGUCAAAGGACACCCACAACCACAGGUGCGGUGGACCAAGACGGCGGGAAGUGCCUCUGACAAGUUCCAGGAGACGUCCAUCUACAACGAGACGCUGCGCAUCGAGGGCAUCCAGCGGGUGCAGGGCGGCCGCUACUACUGCAAGGCCGACAACGGGGUGGGGGUGGCUGCCAUCAAGUCCAUCCGGGUAGACGUGCAGUACCUCGACAAACCUGUGCUGACAGUGCACCAGACCAUCAGUGAUGUGCGCGGGAGCUAUUACCAGGAGAAGACGGUGUUCCUGCGCUGUACGGUCAACUCCAACCCCCCAGCCCGCUUCAUCUGGAAACGUGGCAACACGCCCAUAGAGCAGAGCAAGGAUACCGGAGUGGACAUCUACGAACCGCUCUACACACAGGGGGAGACCAAGGUGCUGAAGCUGAAGAACCUGAGGCCAAAGGACUUUGCAAACUACACAUGUGAGGUGACUGUUCGCAACGUGUGUGACAUCCCUGAGAGCUCUGUCACCUUUCGGCUCACCAACGCCACCACUCCCCCUGCUCUACGGCUGUCUGUCAACGAGACCUUGGUGGUGGACCCCGGGAAAGACGUGACCCUGUCGUGUGAGGUGACCGCCGGAUUCCCUAAGCCCACUGUCAGCUGGUCGCGCUACCCCAACCCAUUGCCGAGAAACUCGUUGGUAAGGAAUGGGACUCUGACACUGCGCUCGGUCACACCCGCCGACUCAGGCUUCUACAACUGCACAGCGGUCAACAACGUCGGGAACCCGGCCAAGAGGAACGUCAACCUCCUCGUCCGAAGUAUGGGCAACCUCACCUUCCAGAUCACACCCGACUCCAACAAGGACAGUGAGAGCAUCCAGAUGGGCCGCGAUCUCAAGCUCUCGUGUCACGUGGACGCACAGCCCCAGGACAAGGUCAACUACACAUGGUACAAGAACGCAGCACUAGUCUACAACUCGGACAGCUUGAUCGUGCUGCGCAGCGACCCGGACAUGGCACCGGGCACAAGUAGCCUGGAGAUCGUGGACAUGAAGUUCCGUGACCAGGCCACCUACAGCUGUGUGGCCAACUUUCCUGGGAGCACGGUGCCCGAGCUGAGGGUAGACGUCAACAUUACCCAGAGCAGCGUCACUCCCCCGAUUUUGACGGUGCCAGCAGGGGGCCAGGUGGUGAGUGUGAGGGAGGGAGGCUCUGCCGACCUGGUGUGCCUGGUGGAUGGCAAGCCCCGUCCGCCUGUGCUCUGGUCGCGCGCCGACAAGGACCUGCCUAUGCCCACGGGUGAGUGGGCAGUGGAGACACGCAACGGGCGCCUCCGGCUGACCAACGUCACCCGUGACCUGAUGGGUUCCUAUCGCUGCCAAACGGCGCCCUACAAUGGCCUCAACAUCAAGCCACGCCAGGCGCAGGUGCAGCUCAACGUGCAAUACGCUCCAGUCCUGGACCCGGUCUUUCAGGAUGUCCGUUCACCCAACUACCAGUUUGUGACAUUGCGCUGCCUCAUUCAGAAGUCCAACCCGGCACGUGUGGCCAGUGUCCGCUGGGUCCGAAAUGGCGAGCCCCUGUCCUCCCUGACCCCGAACCCGCAGGAGAACCCGCAGCUGAAAUUCAAGCUGGACCCCAGCAACAACGGCACAUAUGAGUGCCGUGUCAGCAACGGCGUGGGCAGCUCCACCUGCACCUUCAACGUCUCGUCCCGUCCAUACAACGCAGAGUUUUACUUUGAUACGCCCAACCCCAUCCGCAUUCAGAAGGUCAACAACUACUCCUACAACCUUCAGUGGACCCAGAGAGAGCCGGCAGCUACAGACCGCAUCAUCGGCUACUGGGUCAACGUCCGCACGAUUAAGCAGAAUGACAAGAUGAACCAGGUGAACAUGUUCUCCAAGCAGAUCGACAAGAAGGAGCCCGUGAAGGGCGGCCUCAUGUCCUACACCCUGACUGACCUGAAGAUCCCCGUCUCCUAUGAGAUCCGCCUGGCCCCCAUCACCACCUACAGCACCGGAGACUAUGUCAGUCGCACCAUCCAGUACUCAGAGCCCUACAUUUACCCAAGACCUUCAGACCACGUCUGUGGCUUUGAGGACGAACGCAUCUGCGGUUUCUCCCAGGACCGGGGUGACAAGUUUGAUUGGACUAGACAGAACCACCUGACCCAGAACCCCAAGCGCUCGUCCAAUACCGGCCCAGAGAUGGACAGGAGUGGAAACAAAGAAGGUUACUACAUGUACAUCGAGGCCUCUCGUCCCCGGGUCGCUGGGGACAAUGCCCGUCUCCUGUCCCCUCUCUACAACGUUACUGCUGCCAGAGGCCCCAAGGGCUCCAGUCGUCUCCCCUACUGUGUCUCAUUCUUCUACCACAUGAAGGGCAAGCACAUCGGUUCCCUGAAUGUGUGGCUGAGGGUGAAGAGCAUCGCCUCUGUGGGCGAUCGGGUCUGGACUCUGGAUGGGAACCAGGGUCCUGACUGGAUUCAGGCCAACAUCAACGUCAACCCCAGUGGACCCUUCCAGGUGAUGUUUGAGGCUAUUCGGGGAUCGGGCUAUGAAGGGGACAUUGCCAUCGAUGAUGUCUCAGUCACCAAAGGGAAAUGCAAGCAGGAGAACUCUGUCUCCAACACAGUUCUGAUUGGGGGAGCCCCAGGUCUGCGCUCGCUCCCAUUGGUCGCCUCACUGACCUUCGCCCUCUGCUCAUAUCUACUACUGCUCUACAGAUGAUGAGCACAAUGCACAGCGUCCCCUGUCUGCUGAGACAGGCUACUGCCCAGACUUGCGCUCUCUUCUUCUCUCCCUGUGUCCCUCGCUACCUCUCCCCACUCCCCUCCCUUCUUCCUCUCACCUUCUCCAUCCACCUUUUAGUUUUCAUCUCCAGCCCUGUUUUCGAUGAUAAUCCAUGCUUCACUUCUCCCAUUACACCUUGGCUAUGCUUGUAACUGACUGUCGUUUGAUUGACUCUCUCUCUCUAUCAUUCUCCUUUUCCACACUCACCCCUUUACUGUCGUAUGUGGCUGUGUUUUCCAGCCAUUCUCUCUUUCAACCAAUCACACUAUUUUUAACUGAGGCAAAGUCGCAAACUCAAUGACCUGACCUUUGACACCCAAUAUCACUCAAUCCAACCCCUCACAGCAGACACACUUCAUUCUUCUAUUCACUCUCACACACUUUUCCGUCACCCCCUUUACUCUUUCCAACCCCCCCGGUGACCACCCGUAUCCCUGACACACCAAAGUGUCGGACACUCUACCAAAGAUGAUGAAGAACCUGAGGAAAAAAGAGAAAGGAUGGGUGGGGGGAGGGGUUGAGAAUAAUAGGAUGACAAGGGUAGGGGGGUGCCCCCCCUCCUUAUUGAACCCUACCCCUCGCCUCCUUGGGUUGGGCGCCAGGGAGCUGCCGAUCACAGCUGACUGAGUGACUGACAGACUAAGGAAGGAAGGAAGGAAGGAAGGAAGGAAGGAAGGAAGGAAGGAAGGAAGGAAGGAAGGAAGGAAGGAAGGAAGGAAGGAAGGAAGGAAGGAAGGAAGGAAGGAAGGAAGGAAGGAAGGAAGGAAGGAAGGAAGGAAGGAGUUCCCACUUGCCUCUCCUCUACCGGUCAUUGCCGUAGAUGACUUGUGUUGGAUCGUACGUGUACAUUUCUCUAUAUAUGAUAUAUUACAAAAGUUUAAAUAAAUAAAUAAAACAUUCAGAAAAACACUCAUGGACAUGAGCAACGUUACAGGCUACGACAAAGCAAAACUACAGAAGCACAAAUUUAUACAAUCUACUCCCUUUUAUUUGGGGUUUUCCUCCGUGUGUUGUUGCUGUAUGUUGUCUCAAUCGAACUGCUUGUGUUCUUAUGGUUUUUUGGGGGGCGGAUGUGAAAAAAAGGGAGCGGUGACAUUUAUGUGGAAGAGACGGGUGUGGAUGUGUUGGUUGGUACCUAUGACACCCUUUGCCUAUAGCCCACUUGAGCACUCGUGGCAGGGAUGGGCCAGUCACCUCCAUUAUGCCCACCUCCCCACUCUCCACCCCAAAAAACAACUUGACAGAGACUAUGACUAGCCUCCCCUACUCACUCACCCUAGCCAGCCACAUCCCCUAUCUUCAAAGUCCAGCCAGUAACAGCAUCUCUCGGACUUCCUGCGGUCUACAGACAAUGGACCUCCUGCUUCCUGUACAAGGAGAAAGUGGAGGUGGAGCAUGAUUGAAAUCAACUACGCCAACCACGUCAAUACGCAUCAUUUAAAUGAGGCAUGGAUGUAGUAUAUUGGGGGCAGGGCGUCAAAAUCCAAGAGAAGGACCAACAGGGUAAGGGGGGGUGCAGAUCCGAUAGAUGAAUUCUAUUUCACAGGUUUCCGAUGAUGAAUGUCAUGUAUAGGAUUCUAGAGAAAUAACUGAAUCAACUAAAAAUCGACAACAUUUGGAAGGCAGCAGGUCCAAUUUCCUACUACAACUGUAUCAGCCGAUCGAGGUUGAAUGUCUUCGAUGUAACCAUAGUUUAUUUAAGAUGAUUACUUAUGUAACAUUGUUACAGUAUGAUUGUGUUUCUGUGUGGAGCAAUACUCAUUCACUAUCAGCUCACAUAGUUAGCCUGAGCACAUUGUGAUUGAUCAAAGCCUACAUCCUGCAAAUGCACAUGUUCGCCCAAUUAAGGUAGGGAUUCCAAUGAGCCCCAAGCACAUUGUUGCACAAAGGUACAGAUUCAAUCCGAUCGUAGAUUCUUGACAACGCAGCCUUUAAAGGCAAUGUUCACAGUAAAUGCUUCAGAUGUCCGUUCAAACAGAAAUCACCUUUAAAAGCUGCAUUGUCGACCAUGCGCGAUCGGAUUGAAUCUCAGCUAAAGUAAUUGGUCACAAUCUAAGAACGAAACAACACACUAACCUAACUGAUGAUGCAGAACACAUAUAAUUGGCUAGUUCUUCCUCUCAAGAUGUGUUUCCAAAUUUCCCCUGAAUCCUAAACCGCAACAUACUACCCCUAGGCACUUGUAGAUCUGAGAGGGUUGGAUAGGUGUAAGCACGAUGGUGGGAGCUCCAUCUUACCAUCUGAUACACCAGGUGGAAUUUUUGCUAUAUUGCUUAUACCUGUCCAAUCCUUUCAUAUCUACGCAAGUGCAUGGGAGGAGGGACUAAGGGUUGAUUUGGUAUACAGGGAUACUGUUACAUCAGUCUUCUCCAAGUGAGUGUUGUAUUUUUACUGCAUGAGGCUUUUUUUAUCGUAUCGGUUGCCAAUAUUAGUUAAUUCAGCUCUCACCUUCAACUUAAAGUUCUCAACAAGGGAACCUUGUUCAUAUACAUACACAGAACAUGGACAUCAAACUGUGUGCCUCUAAGACUUGCUUCCAUAAUCUUCCUAAAUUAAAGCACUUGGUAAAAAUUGGGUGUGGACACUCGAUUUCAGAUGUCAAGUGCAUUUUGGCUGUCUUUUUGACAUCCCUCAUAGUCACAUUGUAAUAGCUACUUAGGUCGAUACUGCAUUGCAAGCUCAUGAGAAACAUUGUUUUAUUAAAUGUAUGUCAAUGUGAUCUGGGAGCCAUCUUGUGUGGUCCUAACCUCAUGCUUGCUUGUACACUUCGCUCGCUCACUUUAACUGUAACACCCAUAUGUAUGUAACAGCAGCUCAUGUCUUAGCGUAGAUGCUCUCCAACGGUUGUUGGAAUUUUGGCAUCUCAGGUCACGUCUUGAGCCAACAUGGUGUCACAGGGGGUAAGGUGUCUUAUCUCAGCUCUCUGUCAAAAUGUGGUGUUCAUGUGCUACUCACAACCAAGAAACUCUGAAAUAUCCAACUGGGAAACUCGGUAGAAGAGUGCUUGAUUCAUCACCUGAAAGCUUUGGACAUCGGAAGCUCAGAGUUAUGACGUGUGGGAUAUUUAAGGCUAUUUUUUUGUUCCAAGAUUCUUUCAGAGUUUACGAUAACUCUGGUACCACAUGACAGCAGUUACUGUCUUGCCGACUACCCAUCUCCCACCUCCUUUAUCCAGUAAGCUGUGCAUUUCGUAAGCAUUUUUGGCAAAGCGCUGACCAUUUGCUAGCUACCAUAUUUAAUGUGUAUUUACAACUAUCUGUAAGUAUAGGCAGGAGAUAUGCAGGGUGGCAAUGCCUGACUUAGGACAUAACAAUGAUGCGUCAGAAUCAGAUGCAACUGAAAGAUAAUUAUCAAAGUACUUUAUCACAUGAUUUUAAAUGUUCUACAUGUCAUUGACCCCAAAGAAUUCAGAGGCUUGGUGCAAUUGAUGUUCACACAUCUAGAGUAUUUGGCAAUUAUUUUUCUUUCUAUCUUUUCAUAACUGUUUUUUUUUUACAAACCAAGACUACAAUAUCAAGCUAAAUCAAUUUGAGACCACACACAUUCCUGUCCAUGGUCACAUACUUUACUAGAAAACAAAUUAACAUCUUCUUUAAAUGGAGUUCCACAAUAAUAAUAUAUGUGUAGCUAAGCACCUACAGUAUGUGUAACAUUACAAUUAGUCUCAACACACUGAGCGUUUGAAACACAACACGUGUAGAUGUAACCGGAUCCUACUAUACCUGUACUCUGCUGCUGUGUUCAGGAAGAGCGUGGGUGGGUCCACUUCAAAAUAUAUUAUACAGUACUGCGAAUACAUCGCUGACACUGAUUACAAUUAUUACAGUUGAGUAACCUGCAUAGAAAUGCCCAGGGCCUAGACUGAUCAUGUUAAAUACCCAAUGGAAGAAAGGGUACAGCACAGAAAUAGAGAACUACAAACCUUGGAUUAGAUUUAAUGGGAUAAGAUUUUAUCUUUGUGUCUUCUGUGUUCUUUAUUAUAGAAUGCUUCUCAACGUUAACACUGUUGUAAAGUCAGGUGAAUUCCUUGUCAAUGAAAUAUGUGGGUAGGAAUACUUUGAAAUGGGCAGGAAUAAUAUGAAAUGUGGGCAAGAACACUAUUUUUGGGAAAUAAGCAUUAACCAAUAUUAUAUUUAUUAGAGAGGGGAGAAUUAUAAAUGAUGAAUUUUGAUCUUAUGACAUGAUGGUUGAAGUGCCUCCAUUGAUCUGAACCUGACCUUCAGUAUUGGUAGUAAUAUUUGGUUGUUUGAAUUCAUGGUCUUUCUUUCCAAAACUCCUAUAUGAAUUGAGUCCAUAAGUGAUCAAUGUUCUGCUGGCUGUACAUUUUUUAUAUUGACAAACGUUACACAGCCGGCCCUUAGGUUGUCUUUACUGUCACCAGAUCAAUUGGAAAUUAAACUAACCUCCAUACUUCAAAUGAAACCAUGAAAUACCUGAAAGUGAGGCAAUUUUGUGUUGACAAAUCAGAUACAUCCAAUAGUUGGCCAUUUUAGAUCUAUUCACUUGUGUCCAGAAAGGAGUAUGCAGCUGUUCGGUCUGAGGUAUAAUUCAUUGUGCUGCUUUUCAUGCACUUUAAUGUGAAAUGAAAUGUCUUUAAAUGUAUGCCAUUUGACACCCAUUGUGUACUAAUGCUCAUUUGUAAUACUUCAUGAUUGUCACAUCACUCCCCCAUUAGCUGAGGUUGUUCUAAAAUCUACACCGUACCCUAUAUUAUUGCAGUCUGGUUUAAGGUGUAGAUUAUCAAUAUAUUCCUCUAGGAUACAAGACCGAAUGGGAGUUCAGUUCACUGGUAUAGUCCCUUAGGUUUGCACAUUUCUGGAACCUUUCUGACUCCCAGUUCCCUCCCUGCUUAUUCUCUUCUGAUUUCAGAAAUUCUACAACCAAGAUUUCUGAAAAGAGUGGGAAUUUGGUAAAUAAACGUGGCAUUGCCACACCUCCAGUUAUCUGAUGUUUUUACAUGAUCCAGGUUUUCCCUUGACCACCUAAAGGGUCCCUAGUUCAUGCUGAACAUUUUCAAACCUCCACUACAAGUGUAUGUACUAUAAAAAUGUUUUGUUGUAGAUUAUCAAUCUAUCAUCUUUUGUCCAUCAUAUCCUUGUAGUUCUCUGUCUAAAACAAGAAGGUUAGAAAGGACCCCCAACAUGCAGGUUAGAGAUCAAAUAAGCAAGUGCCUCACAACUGGUAUUCCUCCAUGAGGUGACUUUCCAUCCAUGAAAACCACUUCAGCCAGUUAGCGUAGUGUCCAAGCAAUAUCUUUGGCCAUGUUCAGAAGGGGUGGCCAGUCACUCAGUCACUAAAAAUGACCCCCUCUUCCAUUAGAGACAUCCCGGCAAAAACCAUUGAUGCUCUACGUAUUCAACAGCAGGACCAACUGACUGUUACUGUAUAGGUUUUCACAUCACUGCCUCACUGCCAGUGCAGACACUUUGUCCACUCACAUAAAGGGUGCGUUCCAGAUACAGUGAUUUUGAUCAGGGCUAAGUUUCCCAAAAACAUCUUUAGCAUUCAAAAAUCAUUGUUUGUCCAUUGCCUACCUUAGGAUGAUCUUAGUGCUAAAGAUUAUCGCUAUGUUAUUGGGAAAGUCACCCCAGAUCUUUGUAAUGCCUGGAGAAGUCUUUUAUGUCUGAUCAACCACAUCAACAUGAUGUAAUCAUCCUAUAAUCUACGCAGACCUGUGCAGGAUCUGUGUAUCUGGAGCGCAACCAAAUGACUGAACCCUCCCCAAUGCAGUCAGAUUGGUCAGAGUAACUUCACAGCUCCUGCCUGGCUGUGCAGACUUGUGCAAUGUGUACGGAUCCGAGACAAAGACGAUGUGUGUGUAUAUGCACCUUAGUGAACGUGUGAAGAACGGUAUAGCAGUGCUGGGUGUUGUAUAUUCUCUGUCAUGUACUGAAAUAUUUUAGAGGAAAAAUAUAUUUGAAAUAUGACUCCAAAAUGUAUAAAUAAAUAAUCAUGAAAGAA